UAUAACAAUUUACAACUUCCUGUCAUUAGAAAGUAAUAGUUAAAAUUUAAUAUUCUAUGUACUAUGCAUUCAAUAGAUCCUUUCGACUGGACAGAAGGUCUGGAAUCGAUAGCCAUAUACAGUAGUGAAAAAACACUGAUACAAGACAAGAAAACAAGCAAGUAUGUGAAGACAAAUAUACCAGGCCCCGGCUGUGACAUGGACGAUUUUGAAACCCAAAUCCUCGGCUGCAAAUGUGAAAAUAGACUAUGCAUCGAAACGUGUUCGUGCAUCGCCAAAUAUGGCACGGUUUAUGACGAUGGAAAAAUACUUUUAUCAGUCAUUGAUGGUAAAAACAUGGUGCCAAUCAUUGAAUGUAAUACUCAGUGUACGUGUACAGCUGACUGUCAAAACAGAUUAAUUCAGAACGGAAUAUCUUUUAAAAUGGAAGUGUUCCGUUCUGAAACAAAAGGGCUUGGCCUGAGAACAAUCGAAAGCAUCGAUCCAGGAUCCUUUGUCUGUGAAUACGCUGGUGAGAUUUUAUCUUUUGAAGAGGCAAAACAGCGAACAAAGCGCCAAACUGAGCAUGACAUGAACUAUGUCAUUGUUGUCAAGGAGCACCAUCGGACCGGUGUCAUGGAAACGUACGUGGAUCCGUCAUGUCGUGGGAACAUUGGACGUUAUAUUAACCAUUCUUGUUCCCCAAAUCUGUCGAUGGUACCUGUGAGAGUCAACUCGAUGGUACCAAAGCUAUGUUUGUUUGCUGUCAAGGAGAUUCCCUCUCUAACGGAACUUACUUUUGACUAUGGACACGCUAGUUCGACUACCAACUCCGGUAGUGUAGGGCCUCCUACUUCUUCCAAACAGUGUAUGUGUGGCGCACACGACUGUAGGGGCUAUCUUCCGUACGAACGUCUUCUCUACGAAUAAAUAUAUCCCACAUUUCUGACAUUAUAUCGUUGGUACUUAUCUUCAGUAUUCAGAUAUUCGAACCAUGAUAAAUAAUAAUAAUAAUUCGAGGUUCUUAUAUACCGCUUUAUCACAACCUUGUUCGUAGGUCGUCUCA